UGUGUUUUUUUUAAACACAUUUUAAAUUAGAAAUACGCGCGUGGCAAUAAGUUUUCACUUUGUCGUGACUGUUUGUAUACCUGUUAAAACGUCUGUCUUAUCUGCUUUUUUCACUAAAGCUCAAACGAAAUGCCUCAAAGCGCCACAUCCUCCUGUGGAAAGCAGUCGGGCAGCAGCGCUUUCACUCGACGCUAUCGCACACGAGCCCUCACCUCUCAUGUGGACGAGACCCUCUUUGGGACACUAAAACAGCAUUCUGCUGGUGAUAUGAAAGACGAUCCUGAAGGCGGAAGCGUGAGAUCGAGGACACUGUCACGCUCUGCUCCAGCACCCAAAGAGCCAAAGUCAGAAACGGUGCGCAUCAUCACUAAAGACCUCAUCAGGGACCUCAGAAUCCCAAAUGAGGACCCAUCUGGGCAGUCUGUCAUCCUGUCCUCGGCUGAAUUCAGGCGAAUCAUGGUGGAAUCUCAUGUUCCUAGUGAAGAGGAGAAGGCAGCCGUGCUGGAGGCCCAACUCCAAGCCCGUGAGGAAGCCAUGGAUGCUGCAGAGCAGAGAAAAGCACAGAUACGUCAGGCAGACCUGUCUCGGCAGAAGAACCAGAACCUCAGUGAGCUCGAGGCAGAGGCAAGGGACCGGGCUCAGUACCUGUUGGAACGGGCCAACACCCUGAGAAUGGAACAAGAGGACGAGGUCAAGAAGCUCAAUGAGUUAAUUCAGGAAGUGCAGUGCCAUGUUGUCCGGGAUGUGCAGAUUCAGGAGAAGAAACUGAACAGUGCAGAGUGGCUGGAGGAAGAGAAGAGACUGGAUGCCAUGAUGGAGGUGGAGCGCCGCCAGGCCUUAGAAACCCAGGAACAAAUUGAACAGCUGCGAAAGCAGCAAAGGAUUAAUGGGAAGCUGUGCAUCCUGGACCAGAUCCAGAUGUGUCUGGAGGAGAAAAUGCUACAGGAUGAGUUGAAGGAGCAGGAGGGUCAGCAGUUGUUGGAAAACAUGGAGAGGAUGCAGAUGGAGGAGCUCAAGGUCAUUGAAAGGAAGAAGGAGGAGCAGAGGAAUUUACUUCAAGAGAUUCAGAAGAUAAAUGAAGAGAAUUUGCUUGCUAAAGAGCAGAAAAAGGAAGAAGAGAGAUUAGCAGAUCUGCGAGCUGUAGAGUAUACACGCAAGAAAUUGGAACGAGAGGCAGGGUAUGAAGCUGAGCAGAUACGAAUCAAGAAAGACAAAGAGAAGGAAGUGGCGCGACUGAGAGCUCUUCAAGAAAGGGACAGAGACCAUAAAGCUGAGCAGGAUGAGAUCAGGGCACGGAGGAACCAGGAAGCGGCUGCAAGGGAAUGGAGACGAAAAGAGAAAGAGCAGACAUUGAGAAAGCUGGAUGUGGAAGAGAAGCUAAAGACUGCUCGUCUGGAGCAAGUCACUCAUAAGGAGCACUUGCUGUCCAUUAAAGCUGGACGAGAGAGAGCAGAGUUUGAGAGGGUCCUGAGAGCACAGCAGGAGCUCAUUGAGAAAGAACGAGAAAGAGAGGAUCAACGGCAUCAACAAAUCCAAAGGCAUGCUGAGGCUGUGAGGCAGCAAGUACGGGAGAGAGAGAUGCAGGCCAUCACCCAGCGCAGAGAGCUGUUCCGAGAGGGAGAGCGGCUGGAAGAGGAGGCACGCAGUCGCAGAGCACGACUGAACGAGAUUAAAGAAAAGAAGCUGAGGGAACUCAAGGCAGCUGGGCUCUCAGACAAGUACUACAAGGAAGUGGAGCGUAAGGUUCGAGUCCUUCCAGCUGUUUAAACUGAUGAAAGGAAGAAAUGGAGGAGAUCCUCUUAAUAAACAAAUGAAGAAAAACAUUUGUGGUUUGACCUGACAUAAAACUGUAAAAAUAUU